AAUACAUUCCUUCUUUUUUUAGAAAAAUAAUACACUCACACACAACUAUAACCUAACAAAUCAUGAUUUAACCAUAAAAUAAAUCAAAUUAUUUUUAAUACAAAUGGAAACCAAAAAGCUGACAAAUGAUACAAUAUUAAAGAGUAACUAUGAUAGCAUCAUCAGUGAUACUAAUUUCAACCCAACAACAACAACAACAAUGGGUUUCAAUGAUGAAAAUAGUAAUAGUUCCUGUGGUACAACAAUAACAAUGUCAGCAAUAGCUAAAACAAUGGCAUCAACAAUUGCAAGUACAGAUGAACAAAAUAAUUCAACGACAACGGAAAGAUCACCUCUGCAGAAAGCAGAAAGUUUUGGUUGCGAUUCUUCAUUAAUGAGUUGCUGCAGCGAAGACGAAGAAACCGAUAAUGGCGAAGACAUAGAAAAUGCAUUUGAAAAUGAAAGUGAUAGAGAAAAUGAAAUAUUCUACGACAGUACAAAUGAGAGUGAAGAUUAUGACGGUGAGCCAGCGAAUAAAAAACGAACUGAAAAUGAAGAAAUAACUAAUUAUUCCGAAGAAGAUUGUGGUUUAUCAAAAUUGUACCUGAAUGAUAUUGAAAUCGAUAGUAAGGAGGAAGAUCAAACUGUAACGGAAUUGGUGAAUGUCACAGAGAAAGAUAAAAUAAUGCAAGUGAAAGAAAAUAAAAGUAUGCGUGUGGCCUUUGGUGUUAUUUUGCGUUUAAUAUUUCCUUUGGCCAAUGGUGUGGUUCAAGGUAUUAAGGGUAUACGGGAUGUGCGUUUUUUAAAGGUUAUACGUAGUAUUGCUUCCAGUCGUCAGGCUUUAACUAAUCUAUUUGCUUUUGCUGCUAAUACUAUAUCCCUAAAUUUAUCCUCUGUACAAGUAUCUCAUCGUAUUGAGCCUAUACUAAAAUUACUAAAAAUACGUAAAUCUCGUGAUGGCAUAGAAAGUUUACCGGAUUCACCCACCCUACCAAAUGGUCCAGACGCAUUAACGCCACCUUCAUCUCCCAACUCAACGGCACCCUUAUUUUCCCCCUUCUCCCCAGAACCUCGCUAUUCGUUGCCUAAUUUUCCAAAUAAUGGCAAAAAACUAUCCAUUGAGGAAUAUGUAGCCACAAAAUGCUGUACACUUAAUAUUUUAGCCGAACCUCCGGCGGGUGAACCGAUUCGUGCCGAUAUAGUUUUCAUACAUGGUCUUCAUGGUUCAUUGGUGAAUACUUGGAAACAGGGUUUGUGGGAAAAUGAAAGAAGACCGGUUGAGUUUCAACGACCUCCUAAACCACCAGUGCGACCACCAAAGCGUCCCAGACAUUCUCGCACAAGUGCCGUACAUCCCCCGCAUCAUAAGAAGAGAGCGCGAUUUGCUCAUGCAGAUGUCCAUCAUCGUCAUUCGCAUGAAAGAGAUUCGAUCGAUGAAGCCGAUGAUAAUAACUUUUCCUAUAUAUGCGGCGAACCCAUAGAUAUUCAAAUAUGCGAUGGCAUCGAAUACAGUUUUCCCACCUUCCGUUUGCGUAUGCAUGACAAUGGUCGCCUCCUACAAGCUGAACAUGAUUCCAAACGUCAAGAUGACAAUAACAAAUCAAACGACAAGGAUUCCACCAAAAACAACAACAACAAUACCAAUGAUAAUAAAGAACAAACUAGAAAAGGUAAAUCAUCAAAACCUUCACCCAACGAUCCAAACUAUUCUCGCUGCUGGCCGGGAGAUUGGUUGCCUAUAGAUUGUCCAGGAGUGCGUGUGAUUGCCUUAAACUAUACCACAGAUCAGCAUUUAUGGCGACCUCUGUGGAAAAAGAAAGAACCACGUUCAAAUUUAAUACAACGUGCCAGAGAAAUGACUGAACUAUUGAUCAAGCAACGUGUUGGCUAUGGUCAUCCCAUUAUAUGGGUGGGACAUUCGAAAGGAGGUCUAUUUAUAAAGCAAAUUAUUGUGGAUGCUUGGGAGAGUGGUCGACCAGCAGCGGCACCAUUUUGGCGUUCGGCUAGAGGAGUAUUUUUCUAUUCUGUACCUCAUCGUGGCUCACAUUUGGCUUCAAUAAAGGCACCACUUUUAUUAAGAUCAGUGGAGUUGAUUGAUAUUGAAAAAAAUAAUAAAUAUCUGGUGGAUUUACAUCGUCGUUUUGCUGGUCUAUAUCAUUUGGGCCAUUUAAAGAUUGAGGUAUUUAGUUUCGUCGAAACAGCCUUGACCUUGAUGUCGGUACUGUAUAUGCGUAUUGUAGGUGUAGAUUCUGCAGAUCCCGGCUUUGGUGAUGUCUGCGGCAUACGAUUGGAUCAUCGUGAAAUUUGUAAACCCCGCAGUCGUGAUUGUAUUUUGUAUAAACAACUAGUUAAUAUGAUUAACAAAGUUUGUUAAAUAUUAUUUUAUACGAUAUUUUAUGUUUGAUAUUCAUAUUUGAAUUUGUUAUUUAAUAAUUACCCUUUUUGUAAUUAAUCACUAGUUUUUAAGAGAAACCUAGAAAUGGUUCAAAAUAAUAUUAGAAUGGUUCUAUAUAAGAAUUGUGAUCGAGUUAAACGAAAUGUGAUGAGUUGAUAUUCAAAAUAAAUUCAAAAUAUAUAUAUUUUUAUAAUUGUUACAAUUACUACCACAUAAUAGAGAAAGGAAGCGAAAGUUAAUCAAUAUUGUUAUGUUGUAACAACUAAAAAAUAUUUGAAAGAAAUUAAAAUUUUCAAAAAAUAGCUUUCGAUUUUUAUACUUCAUGAAAAGAUUUAUUAUUUUGUUACCAAAUUUAUUAUUAAUAAUGAAUUUGUAUACUAUAAAUUUUAUUUUGUGAUCAAUUGAUAUUCACGUUUGUUUGUUUUUUCUUUUCAACUAUAUUUUAAUUUAUUUGUAAGACCCAAAGAAGUCACUUUAAUAAAAGCAGGCGUAUUUUAAGAUGAAAUAAUCAUUUUUGGGAAAGUUGUCAACAACUUUUUUUUAAAUAAUUAAUAAAAUAUUGUUUUUUUAAUUAAUUAUAAAAAUAUGCAUGUAUUUACAAAAUAUAAACUAAUUAUUAGGUUAUAUCUAUUUAAUUAUUACUUUAUUGCUAUUCGUUUGAUAUUAGUUUUAUGUGUAGAUUUAUUUUAAAAAAUUUUAAUAUAUUGCUAAUGUAAUAAGCUAAAGGCGCGGAUAUAUAGUAUGAUAUUUUUAUAUCUGGUGGUAUUCUUAGGUUUAAUGUUUAAAAUUUUUAGUAAAAUUUUGAUAUUGACCUAAUAUGCCUGAAUAUGCAAUUAAAAACUAUUUUUGAUAUUGUCUAGUAUCGCCAGAUAUAUUCCAACCAUUAUGCGGCUUUUAAAGAAUUAGGUUUUUGUUUAAUAAAAACUUUUAAAAUAAAAUAAAA